AAACAGAAGACCCUUCUGAGACAAGCUACCAAUAUCAUUCCUCAGCAGAAUCAGAGAGAGAGAGAGAGAGAGAGUGAGGAACAAUAUUAAGAAGAAGGACAACAACAAAGUGUUCUAAAAAGCAUAGCCGAUCGAAAGAGAGGUUCCUAGGGAAAUGGAACUGGACCAUGUUAUGGACUUCGAGGACUAUUUCCCUUCAAUGAUUGCACGCUUAGGAGCAGAAGGGUUCAUCGGAGAGCUUUGCAGUGGCUUCCGUUUGCUGAUGGACGUGAACAAGGGUCUCAUCACGUUCGAGAGCUUGAAGUUGAACUGUUACUUGCUCGGUUUGGACGUUAGGGACGACGAGCUCGCAUGCAUGCUAAUGGAGGGUGAUUUGGAUGGAGAUGGUGCUCUCAGCCAAAUGGAGUUUUGCAUUCUCAUGUUCAGGCUCAGUCCAUGCUUGAUGGACACACCCAAAAUGCCUUCGGAGAAUCCCAUCUUCAUCUAAUGAUGUGUACAAUUUUACUCUAAUUCUCUAAAUGCUGCAUCCUCUACGCCUUCUCUUACUCAAUUCAGUAACAUUUUCGUUUGGAUGAGAGAAUUAAUUAGUGUAUCUUGUUGUAAGUUGUAACCUUCUUUUGUUUUUGUAAUUUUAAGGUUUCUCAAGAAAUAAUAAAAAAUAAAAUAAAAAAAGUUAACAAAAAAUUAAA